CCCUUUUUUUUCUUGCAAAAACCCGAAAGACUAAUCGAGAUUUCGAAUUUUCCAAUCAUUUUUUUUAAAAAAAUUCCGUCGAAAUAAUAACAAAAGAUGAAGAAAAACAACCAAACGAAUCAGCAAAACCAAAUAUUAAAUUGUCAAGGAAUAUUCCAUGACAUCGUGUUCUAUUCAUUUCUCGUCGGAAUCGGAUUCGGCCUCGGAGUCAUGCUUAGUUCCCACACGAAAAGCCUCUCUUCGAAUCUCCAGUUGUCACUUUUGUCUUAUGCCUCCCAGUCUCCUCCUUCAUCCCCACCGCAACCGCCACAAUGCACUUGCCCUGCGGCUCCGAACGCCGCAGAGGAGCCUCGGGUCGGGUUACGGGAUUUUGUGGAGCCGAAGAACGUGAUGCACGGCAUGACGGACGAGGAACUUCUGUGGCGAGCGUCGAUGAAGCCGGAGAGGAAGGAGACGCCGUUUUCUCAGACGCCGAAAAUCGCGUUCUUGUUCUUGACGAGGGGGAGGCUCCCGUUUGCUCCGUUUUGGGAGAAGUUCUUCAAGGGCCACGAGGGUUUUUAUUCCAUCUAUGUUCAUACGAGCGAUCCUCGUCACGUUGACCACGACACCCCCGAAACGUCACCGUUUUACCGCCGGAGAAUUCCCAGCAAGGAAGUAGAAUGGGGGAAGUUUAGCUUGAUGGAGGCAGAACGCCGGCUACUGGCCAACGCCCUCCUCGACUCCUCGAACCGCCGGUUCGUCCUCCUGUCCGAAGCCGGCGUCCCCAUCUUCGACUUCUCCACCGUCUACUCUCACCUCAUCAACUCUCACCACUCGUUCGUCGACCUGUUCGAUGACCAUGGGCCCACCGGUCAGGGCCGGUACAGCCGCCGCAUGGCCCCUCUCGUCACGCUCCGCGAGUGGCGAAAAGGGUCUCAGUGGUUCGAGAUGGACCGGGAGCUGGCCCUGGCCGUGGUAUCCGACACCACUUACUUCCCUCUCUUCAAGAAACACUGCCAUGGCGGUUGCUACGCCGACGAGCAUUACCUUCCAACGUUCGUCCACAUCAAGUUCCCGGGCAAGAACGCGAACAGGAGUCUGACGUGGACGGACUGGUCGAGGGGUGGGCCCCAUCCGAGGACGUACACGAGACCGUUGGUGACCGUGGAUUUCCUGAGGGGCCUGAGGAAGAGCGAGAAGACAUGUGCGUACAAUGGAGAAACGACUGAGAUUUGCUACUUGUUCGCGAGGAAGUUUGAUGAAAGGUCGUUGAAUAGAUUCAUUUUGUUUGCUCCUAAGAUUAUGGGUUUUUAAUUAGGGGAAAUGUAUGAUAUUUUAUUGGCCGUUUUUUUUUUAUAUUUGGGAGUACAAAUUAAAGGAUCUAUUGUUUCA